UAGUAAAGAGUCAGACAUUUGAUAUGUUCUAAAAGUCUCUCUUUAUUUCUUUUGUGCUCAAUCAAACUUAAGCUACUCUCAUCGUUUACGAGUCCAAGUAAACUUACCAUGGAAUCAAGCAACCGUAAGGUCAUCACAUGCAAAGCUGCAGUAGUAUGGAAGGAAGGGGAGAUGUUAAAGAUCGAAGAGAUACAAGUUGAUCCACCUAAAUCAAAUGAAGUUCGAAUUAAGAUGCUCUUUGCUAGUUUGUGCCACUCUGACAUUAUCGCUUUCAAUGGUUUCCCCAUUGUAUGUUACUCAAUUUACAUUUCACUCUACUCAUCUUUCCUAACUAAUUUGGAUCCAUCAUUUUAUUGAACUUGUUUUCUUCUAUCCUCUCCAGCCUACAUUUCCUCGAGUUCUUGGACAUGAAGGACUUGAGUAGGAAAAUUUUCUUUCAAUCUAAAUUUCUGUAAGAGUUUGUUUCCACAGCUCAAACCCCUGAACUUCUGAUCAUAUGACAACAACUUUCAUUUACAAUUGUGACAAGGCUCCCCUUUUUCACAUGCAUAUAUAUUAUUGUAAAUUGAUUUGCAUGGAUUUAUUUAGCCAAUCGCGACUUAUUUGAAUUUGCAGCAUGAUAGAAAGUGUGGGAAAAAAUGUGACAAAUAUAAAAGAAGGAGAUAUAGUGAUUCCACUUUACUUAGGAGAAUGCAAAGAAUGCCCAAAUUGCAAGUCAGGAAGGUCCAAUCUAUGUCACAAAUAUCCAUUGAACCUUUCUGGUCUAAUGUUGGAUGGCACAUCAAGAAUGUUCAUUCAUGGAGGACAAAUAUUAAAUCAUAGUUUUAAUUGCUCUACUUGGUCGGAAUAUACAGUUAUUAACGCCAACUACGUAAUCAAAGUUGAUCCUCAGAAGAUUCCGCUUCAACAUACUAGCUUGCUUUGUUGUGGAUUUACAACAGGCUAUGGAGAAACAUGGAGAGAAGUUCAUGUUGAAAAGGGCUCAACUGUUGCUGUACUAGGUCUUGGUGUUGUUGGACUUGGAGUGGUUGAGGGAGCUCGAAGUCAAGGAGCAUCGAAAACUAUUGGUGUUGAUAUAAAUGAAUUGAAACGGGGAAAAGGAGAAGCUUUUGGAAUGACGGACUUCAUUAACCCUAAAGAAUUCAGGACAUCAGUUUCCGAGACGAUAAAAGAUGUUACUGAAGGUUUAGGUGUUAAUUAUGUUUUCGAAUGUACUGGGAUACCAUCCAUGCUUAAUGAAGCCAUUGAAGCCUCAAAAUUAGUAAGUUUUUCUAUAUUUUGUUGA